AUGCGUUCCGGGGAUUUGGAAAGGGGCCGGAAGGGAAUUGAGUCGCGUGCUCUUUUAGUGCCGUCGGGGGAGCUCGUGGGGGGCCGAAACGGUGCACGGUACGUUCGGGAUUCGUCGUUUGUUGACGGCGCGGGUUGGGCGAAGGGUGGUUGGGUUGCGACGGAGGUAUCAAUGGGUGUCUUUCCCACUAUCGAAAAUCGUCUAAGGGAAUGUAUAAGAGAAAAAAAAAAAGACCCUUUGUCACAGUUGAAGAGGGAGAAGAAAAUCCGUGUUGGCCUGAGCGCCUCUAUGCGGGCCCCCGGCCUUAUCGAUUCAUUUAAUUUACGAGAGACCCGCCAGCCCUGGAACCCUUAUGCCGAUCCCGGCUUUUUGGCA